AAUAGGUGUUGCAACUUCAGGAAACUCUUCAGAUCAAAAGCAAAAGGUAAAACUUCAUGGAAGAGAAGACGGCAUUACGGAGACUUUCACAGAUGUCACUUCAUGAGUAAAACUCUUUUCACAGUGGAGAUGGGAAGAGCUGAGGGUGAUGCCGUUCUGUUUCAGCUGCAGAUGUUGCUCUAGUUACAUUUAUCAUGUUUCUGAAAGUUUCACUAGUAAAGGAACAGUACUUGUGUUUGCCUGACCCAUCAGAGACAUUGUUUGCCUAAAUCAGCUGAACCUUUAGGACUGUGAUUGAAACGUAAAGGUCUCGUAUUAGUUUCUAAUUAUGGAGAAUAAAAGGAGCAGCGAGAGAGCAGCAUCUCGAAAACCCAAACAUCAUCAUGUGACCUCUGACCCCAGUAACUGGAGUCAGAGAUCUUCAUCUCCAGAACCCAGCUGUGUGUCUGUGAAGAGUGACGGAUCAAUGCCUUUCACUCCUCCUGACCUCAGUGAUGAACCAAUGACCUCUGACCCCAGCAGUGUGAAUAGAGAUGAUCAGACUGGAGACCAGGAAUCUCCUCAGCCAGUAGAUGAUGUGCUACUGAGUGUCAAAGACCAGCACAAAACCAGCAUGAAGAACAAGUAUGAGAGAUUAUUUGAGGUAAUGAAACUCCAAGAGAAUGAAACCCUCCUGAACAGGAUCUACACACAGCUCUACAUCAUAGAGGGAGAGAGUGAAGGAGUGAAUAAACAACAUGAGGUUUUACAGAUGGAGAAAACUGCCAGAAUAAAACUCUCACAAGACACUCCAAUCUACUGCAAUGACAUCUUUAAAGCCUCACCUGAACAAGGAUGUGAGGAGAAAGACCAAAUCAAGACUGUUCUUACUAAAGGCAUCGCUGGAAUUGGAAAAACCGUCUCUGUGCAGAAGUUCAUUCUGGACUGGGCAGAGGGAAAAGCCAAUCAGGAUGUAGAUUUCAUGUUUGUGCUUCCUUUUCGAGAGCUGAACUUGAUCCGAGAUCAUCAGUACAGUCUUCACACACUUCUGCUGGACUUUCAUCCUGAACUUCAAGAUCUAGACUCAAAGAUUUAUGAGGAGUGUAAAGUUGUGUUCAUCUUUGAUGGUCUGGAUGAAAGCAGAAUCACACUGAUGUUUUCAGAUGCUCAGAAAGUUUCUGAUGUGACUGAGACUUCAUCAGUAGGUGUGUUGAUGUCAAAGCUCAUUACAGGAGGACUGCUUCCCUCUGCUCUCAUCUGGAUCACUUCCAGACCAGCAGCAGCCAAUCAGAUCCCCUCCAAAUACAUCAACCAUCUGACAGAGAUUCAGGGAUUCAAUGAGCCUCAGAAGGAGGAAUAUUUCAGGAAGAGAAUCAGUGACGAGCAUCAAGCCAGCAGGAUCAUCUCACACAUCAGAAGAGCAAGAAGCCUCCACAUCAUGUGCCACAUACCCGUCUUCUGCUGGAUCUCAUCCACUGUGCUUCAGAAGCUCCUGGAAGAAGAUCUGAGUGCAGAAAUCCCUCAAACUUUGACUGAAAUGUACAUCCACUUCCUGCUGAUUCAGAUCAACAUGAGGAAUCAGAAGUAUGAAGAGAGAGAUCCAGAGAAACUGCUGCAGUCCAACAGAGAAGUGAUUGUGAAACUUGCUGAAGUGGCUUUCAAGCAGCUGAUGAAGGGCAAUGUGAUGUUCUAUGAGGAGGACCUGAGAGAGAGCGGCAUAGACGUCACUGACGCCUCAGUGUAUUCUGGGAUUUGCACUGAGAUCUUUAAGGAGGAAUCUGUGAUUCAUCUGAGGACAGUCUACAGCUUCAUUCAUCUGAGCUUUCAGGAGUUUCUCGCUGCUUUCUAUGUGUUCUACUGGUAUUUAACAAAGAACAAGGAACCACUACAAGAAUUCAGUUUUUACAAAUCUCAUGAAGUCUCUCUGUAUGAUCUACUAACAUCAGCAGUAGAUAAAGCCCUUGAGAGUGAGAAUGGACAGUUGGAUCUGUUCCUGCGGUUCCUACUGGGCGUCUCACAGGAGUCCAAUCAGAGACUUUUACAGGAUCUACUGACACACACAGAGAAAAGCUCAGAGAGCAUCAGAGAAACCACACAGGACAUUAAAGAGAAGAUCAAAGAUCAAAAUGAUAUUAAUCGCCUCUCAGCUGAUCAAUCUAUCAAUCUGUUCCUCUGUCUGCUGGAAGUCAAAGAUCAGACUCUGUCCAGAGAGAUUCAAGAGUUUGUGAAAUCAGACAAACACUCAGAGGAGAAACUCUCUCCUGCUCACUGCUCAACAAUCGCCUACAUGCUUCAGAUGUCAGAGGAUGUGCUGGAUAAGCUGAACAUAAUGAAAUACAACACGUCAGCUGAGGGUAGAAGAAGACUGAUACCAGCUGUGAUCAACUGCAGAAAAGCCCUGUGA